CGCCUGCUGCCCAAUAGCAGGCUACUACUGCCCGCCUCGCGCAUAGCCUCACGUACCUCUUCAGUUGAGAAUCAGAUUGUUUGAGACAGAGGCAGCGGGGUGUGGAGAGACAGCGGCAACAAGGAGACCGUGAACGUGCCGCGUGAGGAAAAGAGGAAACUGGCACGUUACAGCGCACCUUUACAGGUCUACCUGAUGGCGACCAGUGACUGCUCCCCUGUUAUAUUUCGAAAAACAUCUGAUAACGCCUUCUACUUUCAAGUGGUAACAAAAGCAGAUAUAGAUUUGGAGUCCGACGCUUUUCAGGCCAGUGAACUGCCGACUACAAAAUGUUGGGUCCGAAGCAAAGACAACAAAACCCUGCUGUUACUGAAUAAGGAGCACUUUGAGGCACAGAAUCUGGACAGCGGUGAGCUGUGUCAACCUGACUGCCAUUUCAAAAUCAAGACUUUCAAUCAAGUCCCAGAGGAAAGUAAAGUGCCGGCAGCCAUGCUAUAUGUCACUGUAGACAAUGAGAACAUGGUGGUGUGCUGUGGAAAGGAGCGGAAAAUUUAUCCUGAGAAAAAGGAUAUUCCACAAGGAAUUGAUGGAAACAAGAGCAAGGAAAUAUUCUACAUGACCAAACUCGAAUCAUCCGGCUGUUAUGAGUUCGAGUCCUCUGAGUACCGAGGGUAUUACCUGGGAUUUCAGCCUGAUGCAAGUGAUCCUUCUUUCAUCCAACUGGUCUUGCAUCCUAAAUGUGGAGGUGAAGUGGUUGACGCUUGUGAGGUGAAGAUACAGAAAUGCCUGUUCUCAACCGUUUGACGACACGAAUCCAGUCACAGCAGGCUUGUGCAGGUCUUGUAUUGGUGUCACUGGGAUUUGAGGACAGAAAAAACUGUUUCGAUAAAGAAGCUCAAUUUUAUGGCUUUUUAUUAAUGUACACUGCCACCUUAUUUACAUUAAAAGCACACUAAAAACUAGAGUUACCGCCUCGCAGUUGUAUGCCUCCGCAAACCAUUCAGGUUGAACUUACAUUUUACAUCCAUGUCAGUGAAAACAUGGAUGCUUCCCCGGCAGCGCACAAGAUCUAUACAAUCAGGACAGUUUUAAGUUCAGUGUCACCAAUUCACAAUCUGUUGUUCAAUAUUAUUUGUGAAAUCUGGUCGUAGUUAGUGUAUGAAUUCUUAUGGCACAGUGACUUUGACCUUUGACUUUUGACCACCAAAUUGCAGUGAGUUCAUUCUUAAGUCAAGUGGAUGUUUGUGCCAA